AGACAGGGAAACAAUGAUAGUUGAUGCUCCAUGUCAUCUAAUCUUACAUAAUGAAAGUCAAGCAACGAUCCGUCUGCCAAACAUGUAGAACACGAAAAUUAGGGUGCGAUGGCAAGCGUCCGGAAUGCAGCCAAUGCGUCCUUACGGGACGAAGAUGUGAUGGAUACCAGUCGGACUGGACUUUUGUAUUGCAGAAUGACCAUUCAUCGACGUCGUCUUCCGUGUCAAAGCAGCGGGAUACCCGGAUGGUGACGCCUCAAGAGAAACGCGAAAAGCUGGUUAUUUCUGGUCUUUCCAGGAACCGAUUUCAAGUCACAGGUGCUGGCGUUGAAGCCAGCCUUCUACCGGGACCAGUUCUGAAUCCUACGCGACCACUGUGGGAUGAUCUCCUGGGACUGGUCGUGGAGUGUUAUAUCCCGGAAGACGAAAUGACCUCUAUAACAAACUUCACUGACAGCAAGCGGUCUCGAAUAUGUGGCUCCUGGAUGGCAGUUCUUCCAAAAAUCCUGGGAAAAUCCGAUCGUGACUGCGUUCUGCGCGCGACCAUAAGAGCUUUGGCAACUUCGAUUUUAUCCCAGAAUCCUCAAAUGGGCGGAUCUUCUCUCGACAGAGUUGAGAGCUAUGAUGCGGCGAUCCAAGCCGUUAGGAAGGGGCUUACUGUGUCUGGCUAUGCCUUUCAUGCUGUGUUUAUAGCGGCUAUUAUGUGUAUUGCAUUGGCCGAGAUUAUGUUCCCGGACUCCGCGAUAGCUUUUACAGCCCAUGUCAAUGGUAUAGGGCACAUAUUACAGACUCAACAUGUGGAACAGUAUCGUUCCGGGGUGUUCCAUGCGCUAUUUGUCGGUUUUCGUCCUAUACUGAUAGUUCAGGCCUUCCGAUGUCGUCAACCCACAUUUCUGGCCUCUGAGCCUUGGAUUCGCGUACCAUUCUCCGCAUAUAGACUAUCACCCAUGCAGAGCCUCCUUAGCGAAGCAGCUGCUAUUCCGUCUCUCCUACAACAGAUCGACAUGCUACUUUACGAUCCAUGUCAGAGCAGUUCUCAUGAUGUAACCAAUUUGGUCAGAUACUUCGUGGUUGCUUUAGAUAACCUUCAAAACUGGGAAAUUCGCCUUCGGACAGAGAACACGGAACCUCACUACUGGUCCGUUUCCCCAGACACGCAAGCUACAGGAGCAUCUCUCCAUGAUGGAUACAUCUGGUACCCUAAUAUCACCAUGGCCAAUGUCUACACCCAUCUCUGGGCCUUCCGCAUCAUCUGCCUAUCUGAAAUCAGCAAAUUGAUAUAUCUCCCUUCAUUUAUUCAUGGAAACCAAUUGUCGUCAUGGCAAUUUGAUUUCAAUAACAUCCAGGAAGAUAUGAUUGCGCUUCCGAAACAGAUUUGCAUGAGCAUGGAGUAUCUUAUCCAAGACGGAAUGAGACUUUUUGGGCCUGCAUCAACGUUCUUUCCUCUCCAAACAGCAUAUCGAGCAUUCCAGAUGGAUGAGCCUCGGCAACGGGAGAACAUAGCUCGCACUGAGGGGAUUGUUGAUCGAUUGAUCAAGAAAGGAUUGCAGUCGGCUCCACAUAUUGUAUUUGCAUAAACUGAUCCAUAGAGCAUGUUACGUGCAUAAACGUC